CCUGCCUACACCAACCUGUCUACAUCCACCAUCCUGCCUACAUCCACCAUCCUGCCUACAUCCACCAACCUGCCUACAUCCACCAACCUGCCUACAUCCACCAACCUGCCUACAUCCACCAUCCUGCCCACAUCCACCAACCUGCCUACAUCCACCAACCUGCCUACAUCCACCAACCUGCCUACACCCACCAACCUGCCUACAUCCACCAACCUGCCUACAUACACCAACCUGCCUACAUCCACCAACCUGCCUACAUCCACCAACCUGCCUACAUACACCAACCUGCCUACAUCCACCAACCUGCCUACAUCCACCAACCUGCCUACAUCCACAAACCUGCCUACAUCCACCAACCUGCCUACAUCCACCAACCUGCCUACAUCCACCAACCUGCCUACAUACACCAACCUGCCUACAUCCACCAACCUGCCUACAUCCACCAACCUGCCUACAUCCACCAACCUGCCUACAUCCACAAACUUGCCUACAUCAUCCACAAACUUGCCUACAUCCACCAACCUGCCUACAUCCACCAACCUGCCUACAUCCACCAUCCUGCCUACAUCCACAAACUUGCCUACAUCCACCAACCUGCCUACAUCCACCAACCUGCCUACAUCCACCAACCUGCCUACAUACACCAACCUGCCUACAUACACCAACCUGCCUACAUACACCAACCUGCCUACAUCCACCAACCUGCCUACAUCCACCAACCUGCCUACAUCCACCAACCUGCCUACAUCCACCAACCUGCCUACAUCCACCAACCUGCCUACAUCCACCAACCUGCCUACAUCCACCAACCUGCCUACAUCCACCAACCUGCCUACAUCCACCAACCUGCCUACAUACACCAACCUGCCUACAUACACCAACCUGCCUACAUCCACCAACCUGCCUACAUCCACCAACCUGCCUACAUCCACCAACCUGCCUACAUACACCAACCUGCCUACAUACACCAACCUGCCUACAUACACCAACCUGCCUACAUACACCAACCUGCCUACAUCCACCAACCUGCCUACAUACACCAACCUGCUUACAUCUACAAACACAUCUAUCUGA